AUGUCUGAGGGUCAAUUCAAGAAAGAUUUCACAAUUCCCGUCGCUGACCAGAAGCCUCCGGGUCUUCAGUCUGAGCUGAAGGGUCCCACUCCUCAGAACGAGCAUCUUCCCACUGAGGAUGGCGGUUUCCAGCUCUACAAGGCUGCUGGCAAGCUUGACGGCAAGAAGGCCAUCAUCACUGGAGGUGACUCCGGUAUUGGCCGUGCGAUUGCCAUCAUGUACGCCAUGGAGGGCGCCGACAGCUUGAUCGCCUACCUCGAGGUAGAGGAGAAGGAUGCACAAGAGACCAAGAAGAAGGUCGAGUCAUAUGGCCGCAAGUGCCACUUGCUCCAGUGCGACCUGAAGAAGAAGGAGGACUGUCAGAAGGUUGUCGACACCGCCCUCGAGAAGAUGGGUGCUAUCAACGUCCUUGUCAACAACGCUGCUUUCCAGAAUAUGGUUGAGGACAUCAAGGACCUCAGCGAGGAGCAGUGGGAGUUCACCUUUGCCACCAACAUCCACCCCUUCUUCUACCUCUCCAAGUACGCCCUGCCUCACAUGAAGAGCGGUGACACCAUCAUCAACAACGCUUCCAUCAACGCCUACAUUGGUCGUCCCGAUUUGCUCGACUACACCUCCACCAAGGGUGCCAUCAUCUCCUUCACUCGCGGUCUCUCCAACCAGUACGUCAGCCGUGGUAUCCGCGUCAACGCAGUCGCUCCUGGCCCAGUCUGGACCCCCCUGAUUCCCGCCACUAUGAAUCACAAGGCGCAAAGUGAAUUCUCGGCUCCCAUGGGCCGUCCCUCGCAGCCCUCUGAGAUUGCCACUUGCUUCGUCUUCUUGGCCAACUCGGACAGUGCCUCGCUCUCCGGACAAACCCUCCACCCCAACGGUGGUACUGUUGUCAACGGUUAA